AUGAAUGGUGUGCUCGGAUCUAUUGGUCCGGUUGGCUAUGAACUAUACCGCCUUAUGAAUGGCAUGAGUGGGUUGCGGACAGGCGUUCACUCCAAACAGUUCUCAAGUUUCGACCGCAAGGGUACCAACGAUGACGGCGGACCCUUUGCCUGCCUGCGCACCGACCCCUUUGGGCACUGCGUUAUAGGCGAGCACUUGGGGGCCGGAGAGAUAGACUCCAUUUGGAUGACUAGAGAUAACGGCGUGUUCAACAAGACGGGAAAAUUACUCAUUAAACUGGAUGACAUUAUUGUACUUGAUCACAAUUUACAGGAUAUACUCAAUGGUCAAUUGGGUGCGCCAUUUGUGUGGCCACUGGUAGGCAAUGGGGACGACACAUCGGGAGGGGGUGUCAUCAAGGUGCCCAUGUCUUUCAAGCGCUCC